AUCUGACAGCUUGAUAACUUCAUCCACUGAUUUGUCCAGAGAAGACUUGAAAACUUUUGGAAAGACCUGCCUUCCUACCUGCCUGUUUGUUGUAACCAGUCUUCCUGCCUACAUACAGUAUCUACAAAAACCUGCCAGGCUCUGAACAACAAUGGCGAUGACCACAAUCUCUUCAUAUAACAUCAAUACGACAAAUAUGCCUGGAACAAAUGAAACAUAUACAAACCCGUAUGCUGAGCUGACACAGUCUCUUAACAUCAUGUCUCUCAUUAUUUACUGCCUGGCUUUUGUUCUUGGUGUGCUCGGUAACGGAAUGGUUAUCUGGGUGACGGGGUUUAAGAUGAAGAAAACAGUUAACUCAGUUUGGUUCCUCAACCUCGCUGUGGCCGACUUCCUCUUACUUAUAUCUCUGCCGCUGUCUGUGACAUACCUGGCGUUAGGUUUCCACUGGCCUUUUGGCAAGUUCAUGUGCAAACUCAACAGCACAUUGAAUUCCCUUAACAUUUUUGCCAGUGUCUACAUUCUGGUGGUGAUCAGUGUGGACAGAUAUGUUUCUGUUGUGUGGCCCAUCUGGGCACAGAACCAUCGUAAUGUACGCAAGGCAUCCCUUGUGAGUCUGGGUGUUUGGGUUCUGGCUCUGAUUCUCAGCAUACCGACCUUUGUUUUUAGGGACACUGUGUCAGCCUUUAAUAAUGUAGAGAUCAUCGUCUGCUAUAACAAUUUUGCCCACAAUUUGGCUCUGGCACAGUUUCGUCAACAGGCCAUGACCAUCACUCGCCUCCUCCUGGCAUUUGUUUUCCCCUUCACUGUCAUUGUGUCCUGUUACGCUGUGAUAAUCCAUCGUCUCAGAAGAAACCGCACCCUGGCCAGCAAGUCAAAUCGCCCAUUUAAGAUCAUCGCUGCAGUCAUUACCACUUUUUUCUUCUGCUGGGCCCCCUUUCACAUCUUAAGUCUGAUUGACCUGGUUCAUCAUCUAAACAAUUUUGCUUAUGAAGCACUAGACUAUGUCAUUACCAUUGGGAUCCCAAUAGCAACCAGCCUGGCCUUUUUAAACAGCUGCCUGAACCCACUGCUUUAUGUUUUUGUGGGCCAAGAUUUCAGGGACAAAAUCCGUAAAUCCAUCCUUACAGUACUGGAGACUGCCUUCCAGGAGGAUGAUUCUGGCUCUCACACCAACUCAACUGCAGUGAACACCAGUCACAGCAAAGAAAUGCAAAUCCGUAAUACUGAGUUGUAAGACUUUUCAUAACAUAAACAUUACAAAAAUCUAAAUUAAUCGAUAACUUGUUUUUAUAGUUGCUUGUCUCUUACAAAUUUGAGUCUAACUGUAAACAUUUUUCAACUUAGUAGUAGUAGUAGUAGUUUAUUCAAUGAGUAUUUACAAUGUAUCCCCAUUAAGACAUAUGUAGAUGGAAUAUUCAAAUUACAAAUAAAAUAUAUUCAGGGAUACGGUUUAUAGAAUUAUUUCAUCCCAACAGGGUUUGAUGUGCCAUUUCUUAAAAUAGCCCUUGUGCUAGAUAUUUUUGGGGCCCUGUAUAUAAUCUUAAAAUGUUUAUUUCUUGUGCUAUAGAGACCACCCGGCUGUCAUCUUAUAUGUAUAUUUAUAGUCAUGCUACACAAUUUAGAAGUUCAUUCUAAUUUAUUUGAUCUGAUUUUUUUUGUAAAUAACAAAACAAUAGCUUGACUUAAUUAUAGCUGUUGAAAUUAUGAAAUUAUUUGUUAAGUAAAUAAAUAAAAUACUGUCCAUUUAAUCACAUUGAAACAUCAACUUCACUGCAUGUUUUCCUUUUAGACAAAUAAAAAGACCAUUGAACUUAUUUAAAUAAGUGAACAAAAAAUAAAGUCAAUAAAUAAUGUUUCAUUCAGUAUGUAUGACGUCAUCUUUCUAUAUGCCUUGUUCUGUUCCCAUUGUAUUGAUUGUUGCUGCUUCAAUAUGAAUGUAGAAAAAGUGAAAAUGAUCAAAUGAGGCAUAAACUAAAGCUGGUAAAUGGUCAAAGAAAUGUGUUUCUUCUAUACAAAGGACGAGCACAUCGGAAUCACUCUUAAAAAUAAAUAAUUUUGAUCAACA